AUCGCGUCACCUAUUCUUGACGGGCGGGAGAGGGGCAUGGAAAUAGAAGUCGAUAACGACGAACUCGACUAUGAAUCUAAUACCGAUGUGGCUGCUGCCACGGAUGCCUUAAGCCGUGAACAGAAGCCAGGCCACUACACGCUUAUCAACAAACUGCUUGGUAGUCUUCAUGUAGAGCAUCGGCUUCGACGUCGAGCUCCUUCCUCUGAAUCAUCGACAUGUACCGCUGGAUCGACGCCACCUGCGCCCCGGCAUCUUCAAACGCCUCCUAAGGAUGCGCAUUUAGGGACUCCACAGCGACCGCAGGAGGCACGGUCGGCCAGCUCGGAUGAGAAUACGAUCUAUAAACGCUUUAAUGAAAUUUUGGGUUCACUUGUACGCAUGCGAAAGCAAGGUCGCAGCUCCGAUCAAGCUUGAGCGCGCUCUCCCCUGUAUCCGAGAUGAUCUUUACUCCAUGCACUGAGUUGAAAUCGGAAUAUUGAUACCAC